AUGAAGUUUGCGUGCUCUUUUUUUGCCUAUGUCGGCGCCUUUUCUGUCGUGCUGAGCCUCUAUCGUGUUGUGAGGUUUUUAUACGUCAACCUCCUGGCUUCCACGGACCUGAAGCGUAAGUACGCGCGGGCCGGCGACUGGGCUAUUGUGACCGGUGCGACGGAGGGCAUCGGCUACGCCAUGGCGAUGGAACUUGCGCGUCGUGGGUUCAACGUGUGUGUUGUUGCCCGCACCCGUUCAAAGCUGGACGCGGUGGUGGCUGAGAUUGAGAAGAAGGGCGUGCAGGGGAAGGCCGUCGUCUUUGACUUUUCCACCGCUGACGCACAGGCGUACAAGAGACUCUUUGCGGAGCUCGAGUUACUUGAGGUGGCCAUCCUCGUGAACAACGUUGGCGUCAACUACCCGUACGCCAACUACUUUGACGAUGCGGAUGUGGAGGAAGACAUGAAAAUGCUGAAGGUGAACUGCGAGGCCACGCUGCGCAUGACGCGGUUUAUUGUCCCCCGCCUGAAGGCGAAGAGAUCGGGCGGGAUCGUCUUUCUCUCCUCCAUCAGCGCCACCAUGCCGAGCCCUCUGCUCUCUGCAUACGCCGGGACGAAGUCGUUAAGCCUCUCCUUCGGCGAGGGGCUCGCGUAUGAACUCCAGCAGUUCGGUGUUGACGUGCUUACGGUCACGCCCAGCCUCGUCGUGAGCAGAAUGACGCAGGGCGUCAGCUCGCGCAAGCCGAAGGAGACGCUCUUCAUGGUCAACGCCGCGACAAUGGCGCAUCAGACACUUAACAAACUUGGCACCGUCACACGCACCGCUGGCCACAUCAACCACGCGUUGCUGAAUUCCUGUCUACGAAUUCUGCCAGAGUCGCUCGUGGCGAACAAAAUUCUAACGAUGCACCAGGCUAUCAAAAGACGUGCGGAGCGUUCUCGGACUCAGUAA